AUGGCGCCCUCCGUCAGUCCGUCUAUGUCAUCUCGCUAUAUUUAUGCUUUCGCGACGACCCACCUGAAUCGCAUGAUCAAUGGAUAUGUUCGUAGUGGUCAUCUGAAUGAGGCCCGAACCCUGUUCGAUCAAAAUAUCGAAGCCCGGAAUAUCAUUUCUUGGAAUUCGCUGAUUGCUGGGUAUGUUAAAAACGAUCAAAUUCGGUUUGCUCAGGAUUUGUUCGAUCAGAUGCCCAAGAGAGAUGUUGUUUCGUGGAACACCAUGUUAUUGGGUUUCCAACGUACCAAUGACCCAGAAAAAGUUGUUCAAUAUUUCAUACAAAUGGGAAGAGUUGGACUGGCUCCGAGCGAGUUCACAUUGUCGAUUGUAGUGAGCGCCGUUUGUGGCACGGGUUUCCGACUUCUGAUCCCGCAACUUCAUGCUCGUAUAGUUUGUUCAGCGUUUGGUUCAUGCGUUUUCGUUGGAUCAGCUCUGGUCGGAGGUUAUACUGAUUUGGGGUGUUCGAUAUCUUUACGUCGAGUAUUCGACGAAAUUCGCGUGAAGAACGUAACGUCAUGGAACGCGUUGAUAUCAGGUUAUAUGGAUUUGGGUUGCUUAGCUGAGGCUCGUAGCACUUUCCAAGCAAUGCCAGAGAGAAAUGUAGUUUCUUGGACUACUCUGGUUAAUGGGUUUAUUCGCAAUAAGAAGCUCAGCGAAGCUCGUCUCAAUUUCGACAGAAUGACAGAUAGAAAUGUGGUUACAUGGACCGUCAUGAUAAGUGGGUACGAGCAAAAUCGCCAGUACACAGAUGCUUUAGAGCUAUAUCUCCUUAUGCGUAAUUCAGGUGUUCGACCGAAUCACUUCACCAUCUCUAGUGUUCUGAGCGCUUGUGCAGGUUGUUCGUCGCUUCUCAUGGGCCAGCAAGUCCAUUCGAGCAUCUUGAAGUCUGGUUUACCAGUUGAUGUCAUCGUGUCAACCUCACUUGUUGAUAUGUAUUCAAAGUGCGGAGACGUCUGUGCAGCAUUUUGUAUCUUCAAUUCCAUGAUAGACAAGAACUUGGUCUCAUGGAAUUCAAUCAUAGGAGGUUACGCUCGACAUGGUCUCGGAACGAGAGCAUUGGAGGAGUUUGAGAGAAUGAUAAGCAGUGGUGUGAGGCCUGAUUAUAUUACAUUCAUAAACGUAUUGUCAGCAUGUGGGCAUGGAGGGUUGGUUGAAGAAGGUGAAAGAUACUUCAUGUCUAUGGAAGCAAAGUAUGGGAUCCAACCUCAGAUUGAGCAUUACGCAUGCAUGGUGGACAUGUUUGGCAGAGCAGGUCAGCUUGAAAAAGCAGAGAAAUUGAUCAAAGAGAUGCCCUUUGAGCCUGAUAUAAUUGUGUGGGGGGCGUUACUGGGAGCCUGUGGAUUGCAUUCUAGUUUGAAACUUGGCGCCUUUGCUGCAGAAGAAUUGUAUAAGUUGGAACAGGAUCAUCCUGCUAUAUAUUCUAUGUUAUCAAAAAUCCAUAGUGACAUGGGAGUAUGGAGCAGUGUAAUUGAAACGAAAGAGAGGAUGAGAGACAUGAGUGCUAGAAAGCAGAAGGCGAGUAGUUGGAUUGAGCGUAUUCUGCCUUUAAGAUGA